AGUUUCUCCCUUCAGAGGUCUCUCCAGCAGCAGCACACGGGAUUUAUCGCCUCUCCUUUAACUCAAAUCGCGUGUUUGCCGCAGGAAACUCUCCCGAACGCAAGUACCUGCUCUUCUCCCCCCUCACCGGGGAAAUCGGGCGAUUUGGUGGCAGAAAUUCCGAGGAAAAUACACUUUUGUUAGUCCAAAGAAACACAAAUCGAGCACACCGAAGGGCUCCCCGGCCGUGCAGCGGGGCGGGCUCUGCAAGCCACCAAUCACCGCUCGGCUCCGCUCUAAAAAUACGAGCAUCUGACCCGGGCCAGCCCAAUUGUGUUCGCCCGCUCCGCAGAGGAAGUCGCCGCGAUGUCCGAGACCGCUCCCACCGCCGCCCCCGAUGCGCCCGCGCCCGGCGCCAAGGCCGCCGCCAAGAAGCCGAAGAAGGCGGCGAGCGGCUCCAAAGCCCGCAAGCCCGCGGGGCCCAGCGUCACCGAGCUCAUCACCAAGGCCGUGUCCGCCUCCAAGGAGCGCAAGGGGCUCUCCCUCGCCGCGCUCAAGAAGGCGCUGGCCGCCGGCGGCUACGAUGUGGAGAAGAACAACAGCCGCAUCAAGCUGGGGCUCAAGAGCCUCGUCAGCAAGGGCACCCUGGUGCAGACCAAGGGCACCGGCGCCUCCGGCUCUUUUCGUCUUAACAAGAAGCCCGGAGAAGUGAAAGAAAAAGCCCCCAAGAAGAGAACGGCUGCUGCCAAGCCCAAGAAGCCGGCGGCUAAGAAGCCCGCCAGCGCUGCCAAGAAGCCCAAGAAGGCGGCGGCGGUGAAGAAGAGCCCCAAGAAGGCGAAGAAGCCGGCGGCUGCAGCUGCCAAGAAAGCGGCCAAGAGCCCCAAGAAAGCCGCAAAGGCAGGCCGCCCCAAGAAGGCAGCGAAGAGCCCGGCUAAGGCGAAGGCGGUGAAGCCCAAGGCAGCCAAGCCCAAGGCGGCCAAACCCAAAGCGGCCAAGGCAAAGAAGGCGGCUCCCAAGAAGAAGUAAAUUGUACCAGGAGAGUUUUGUUCUACAUACUUUGUUAUCCAACGGCUCUUUUAAGAGCCACCCACACUUUCCCUAAAGGAGCUGAUGCACCGAGGUCGUCCGUAACCUGCAGCAAGGGUCCAGCAAUUCGUAAGUCGUCAAGAGGUCAAUUGUGUCUUGUGUUUUUUGUUCCCUAGGAUUACCGAAAGAGAGCCUAAAGAACGCGGUAGAGCGCGGCGGCUUUAGGGAAGUGUAGACAUUUGUUUUUCCUCCGGGUGAUUACUUUGACUACCGAGAAACGAUGUUUUGUAAUGAUUUGAUAUAAAAAAAAAUCGGAUGUAUGUUUUUUUUAAUAUAUAUUUUGUAACAAAAUAAUGCAAUUGCCAGGCACGCUACCACUGAGCCAUGUCUAAUCUAUUGAAUUAUUUCUUAUAAAGUAUCUCCGUAAAUGCCUUUGUCUGUUUGGGGGGAGGAGGGGAGGGUUUCUUUACAGACACAAAAAUAGGCCUGAUCUCUCCCAAUCCUUUUGUUCCCAAUGAGAAAGAGCUUUAAGUGUUGAAAAAGCCCGCCCUGCUCAAGGAUUGGCCAGCGAAAAUCCCGGCCCGCUUCCCUUCCCCCUCCCUUCCCCGGAAACGAUUACGCCUCUUAUCGCUGGAACUGUAUCAGCCACUCGGAGGAGAAAGAGGCGGAAAAGGGGGGAGGGACAGGAACUCUCAACGAACAGAGUCCCCUAUGUUCUCCGAAAGAACUUAAACGGAAAAUAUCUCAUACCUGGAAGAACCUGCAUGGGGAGGAGGACGUUUUGGCU